AUGCUUGCCUUGUUCCGCAUUCUCUUCAUUUUCUUCAUUGUCCUUCUGCUGUUUGUGUUCCACGUGAACUACGGCGAAUCCGACGUGGAGAAGAAGGGAACGCAGGCAACGUGCCUGAAUUGCUCCAAGCUGAAUCGAUACAACAUCAAUUGUUGUGGAGACUGCGGUGGACACUGGGAAGAUUUCUUGGAUCCCACAUAUGUGCCACCGAGUCAACAGCAGGGGCAACACCAAGCAACUUCUUCGACAGGGAAGUCAUCAUACAAGAAUCGACAAGAUCGUCAAAACUAUGCCUACCUGAACUACACGGAUCCCUGGUAUGGCGAAGAUUGGGACUAUGCCAGCGACCGCGAAAGCAAUCACAGUUCACGGUCACCGAGACAGAGGGCUCAACCACCUCGACAAAGACAGCCUCAAUCGCAGACCAAGAAGCCGAAGCAGCUUCCACAACACAAAGGUGCACAUCGACCCAAAGGACAAGGCAAGGGCAAAGGCAAGGGGAAGCCGGCCAUCGAGCCUCCUCCAUGGUCGUCUGUUGCACCGAAAGCCAAGACGGCACCGCCGACGGUGCCGACUCCUGCAGAGGCAAAGCUUCUCGAGAUCGUGAAUGUCCUGAAGAAGAAGGACGACCCAGAGCUUCAGAGCCUUGCAAAGGAAGCGGACGUCCUCAACAACAAGAAUGCAACGUCCAAGUUGCAUCGAGCUGUUGCGAUUCAUGGGGAUGCGAAGACAGCCCUUUUGGAGGCGCGACAAGCCCGAGCCAAUUUGCACGCCUCUUGGCGCCAAUACUUGGACAGUGCUGUAGAGACAUGGAAGUCCUUCAUCGAGGACUUCAACAAGGAGGACAAGCGUUUAGAGGAGGAGAUUGGCAAGACAGAUGCUCACCUCAGUGCCGCUCAGGAAGCCCUCGACGAGGCCAAGAAAGCUGCAACUGCAGAAGAAUUGAGCGAUCAAGUGGAGACCAUCGAGGACGAGGAGGAGUUGGACAGGACUGUGAAGUCCAGUGCAGUCAUGAGGGAUGGCCUCAACACCAUGCUGAACGGCUUGGAACAGAUUCGCGCCAAGACAGACGAGCUGGGCGACGACAUCGGCAACAAGCGUCAGCGAACAGACGAUGGCAGAGGGCAAUCAUCUGCCAUGCAGCCUUUUGGUGGGGCCGGUCGCUGA